AUGGCUCUAAGAAAAGAAGUUUUGAACCUGUACAAAAGAAUUUUAUCAGCUGCUAGAAAAUGGGAAGAUAUAGCCAGCAAACACGCAGAAGUUCAAACUGAAAAACAAUACAUCAAAGAUGAAGCUAGAAAUUUGUUUAGACUGAAUAAAAAUGUUUCAAAUGAAGAAGAUAUAAAAGAAUUUAUUAGAGAAGGAGAAACUAGACUACAAUUAGCUAUUCAUUAUCAAAAUCCAUACCCAAGGCCUGUGAACAUACCACAAAGCACUUUACCUCCAGGAAUUUCUAGAUUGAAAAAAGCUCAGAAAAGAAGUAUUGAACUAUCAAAACCAAUUUAUUUAAAAUCUUACAAAGACAAAACUUAACUGAAUUUGAAAGACAAUGAAUAAGCUUAUUAUUAUUUAUGGUAUGAUGUGCAGGUCACUCUUGAAAGCAUCUUUGAUGGUGUUUUGUAUAAUUAUGGAGAGUGAUAUUGAGAAGGAGUUGCCUAUUUUUUAUGAAUAUGCUUUAUUUACUUGCAACAGAAAUUAUUGCGACUAUAAGCAUAUUAAUUAAAAUUGGAUGUCUGUUGUGAAGAAUAUGUACUUAAAUACUUAUAUUGUUACCUUUUUUUUGAAUGUCAUGCAGAAAGAUAAAACAGAAACAAAUGGUAUGAAUGUAUCAAGUUACUGAAAUGAUAUUCAGAAAAGAUAAAGCUGCUACGUUUAAUGUAUUUGUUAAAAAUAAGAAAUGACAUGAAGUAUUUUGUUAUUGUGUAUAUAAUCUAGUGGAAUAUUUACAAUAUGAAGAUAAUGCCUACUGAAUAGUUAUUGGAUGGUGAAAUAGAGAGACUAAGGUUGUAAACAGAGUUCAGUUGUUGAUAAACAAUUUGUUUAUUGCUUAGACAGCUGAUAUUUAUCUUUAUUAUGUUACUGUGUUUGUCAUUGUUUCAAUUUAAAAUAAAUGUAGUGAAAUUUGGAAUUUCUC